AUGGCAGCAACGGGGAACGCAGAAGAGACGCAGUUGCAAGAGAUGGAGGAAGAGGCAGGGAUGGAAAGGGAAAGAGAUUCAGAUGAAGAGGAGGGUAUGGGAAUCGAAAAUUCCGACGACGAAGAAGACGAUUCAUCCGAGGAUGAUAAAGAUAAUGAAGCCGAAAUUCAGCGUUUGGAGGAGCAGGUACGUUAGCUAGCUGACUAAGCUAACUGUGUUUGAGAAAUGAAUGGAAACCUAGCUAGCUAUUUUAAUCCACAGUGUUACAGCUAGCCGUAUAACGUUUGAUGUCAACUAGCUAACAACGUUGUUGGUUACAUUGAUUUAAAAGCAAACAACACAUCACAAACAACAAGCUGGCUUGUUUGCAGACUUGCACCGCUUGUACUGCAAAGAAAGCUAGCUAGCUACCUAGUUAACGCUAGCUCGCAUGCUAAUAGUUAGCAACGUCGGCUAGCUAUUAGUUGAUGCCUCAUUAUUUAACUAUCUAGUCAGCUAGCAUGUUACCCAGCCACAAUUAUAUAAUACUUGUGAAUAUAAUACCAGCCAUCGUAAUACCAGCCAACGUGCUUGAAGCUGUAUUACAGCCUGUAAACACGUGCCCUUUCGGCGAGCUGCAGUUGGGAAAGGUAGCUAGCCAGUCAGCGACAUCAUUGAACAGUCAAGCUAUCUGGUUGAUGGCACAAGCAAUACUCAUUACAGUGUCUAGUUUACUUACAUAUUGUGUAUUUGUUUGCUAACCAAAGACAACGUCUGUAAAUACACCCCUAAGGUUGUUGGUCUGACUUGUCUUCUAUGCUCUCUCUCUGACUUUCAGCUGUCCAUCAAUGCUUUUGACUACAACUGUCAUGUGGAUCUCAUAAAACUCCUGAGGCAGGAGGGGGAACUGCCUCCACUGCGUAAGGCAAGGCAGAAGAUGAGUGAGCUCUUCCCACUGACCGAAGGUUUGUGUCUGAUGGCCUCUGGAGAUGCAGCCGUCUUUAUGCUUGGCAACUUUUAUGAUUGAGCUGAAGUGCUUUAUGUUGUAGACUAGAUUAAAUAUAAAACUCGUUGCAAGAAGGUCUGCUGCUCCUUUUGUGAUUAAUUGGUGUGAAGAAGCCUUUUAUGUAUGAUGAUGAUUCAGUAAUUUGGAACAAGGUUUACUGUUUCAUAAUUUCUGUGAAAACUGAUGGUUUCAUUGUUGUAAACAUACUGAAUGUUAUUGUGAACUCUAUAAAGCUGACUUGUCCUCUCCUGCAGAGAUUUGGCUGGACUGGCUCAAGGAUGAGAUCCGCCUAACCGAGGAGGAGCCGAACCGGGAGAAAGUCUACGAACUCUUUGAGACAGCUGUGAAAGAUUAUAUCUGUGAGUUCUGUCCCCACUCAUUGGAUUGUGUUACGAUUCUAUAUGAUGUGAUGUUAUUGUAAAGUAAACAUUGAAAUUCUUGUGUGGCCUUCAGGCCCUGAAAUCUGGCUGGAGUAUGCCCAGUACUCUAUCGGGGGCAUGGGACUGCCUGGUGGGAUGGAGAAAGUGAGGUCCAUCUUUGAGAGAGCCCUGACAGCCGUGGGGCUGCACAUGACCAAGGGGGCGACUGUGUGGGAGGCUUACAGGGAGUUUGAGAACGCCAUACUGGCAACUGUUCAGGUGAGCGCCCCUGAAGAAUAAUGAUCUCAAGUAGCUGCAACAUGCUGCUCAUUUUUCUAUAUCUCCCCAUGUCUAUAUUUCUUAGGGUGUUUUGUAUAAUACCAUCUGCUAAAUUAAUGAUGGUAUAUUUUCCUUAUAUCUUCAGUCUUGGGCAGAAAUGUUAAAAAAGCAUGAUUGAAUGCAAUCUGAUAUUACACAAACCAGGCUCUUUGCUGGAUUUUGACUCAGUUUUCUCUCCCUGCUUUUUCCUCAGCCUCCCCCUGGCAGCGUCCCCACCCGUGAACAGCAGGAGCUUCUGAACACUCAGCUCGAGCGCAUCCACACUCUGUUCCGCCGCCAGCUGGCCAUCCCCUUAAUGGGUAAGGCUCCCCCUGCUCCACUCUGGAGGGGAUGCUGUACAGAGGGUGGGGGGGGGGAAUAACAUGUCCUUGAGAGGCUAUUAUGGCACACUUGGGAGGUACCCAUCACAAAUACCUUUCAGGACUGAGACGUGGAGAGCCAGUGCAAUGCUUCGUAGACAACGGGUGUAAACUAACAGUGAAAUGCUUAGUUACGGUCCUUUUCCAACCAUGCAGAUUUAAAGAUCAGAAACAAAAAUAAAAAAAAUUAAAUGUGACAGUGAAUAACUAAUAAAUAAAAAUAACAUGGCUAUAUAUAGGGAGUAGAAAAUAACAUUGCUAUAUACAUGGAGUACCAGUACCGAGUUGAUGUGCAGGGGUACGAGGUAAUUGAGGUAGCUAUAUACUGUACAUAUAGGUAGGGGUAAAGUUACUAGCAGCAGCGUAUGUGGUGAGUGUGAAAGGUGUGUGUGUUGGGGUGUCCGUGUAAGUAUGUGUGUGGGUCGAGUCCAGUGUGUGUGCAGAGUCAGUGCAAAAACGGGUCAAUGCAGGUAUUCCGGGUAGCCAUUUGGUUAGCUGUUUAGAAGUCAUAUGGCUUUGGGGUAGAAGCUGUCCAGGGUCCUGUUGGUUCCAGACUUGGUGCAUUAGUAUUGCUUGCCGUGCAGUAGCAGAGAGAACAGUCUGUGGCUUGGGUGACUGGAGUCUUUGACCAUUUUUGGGCCUUCCUCUGACACUGCCUGGUAUAGAGGUCCUGGAUGGCAGGGAGCUCGGCCCCAGUGAUGUACUGGGCCGUACGCACUAACCUCUGUAGCGCCUUGCGGUUGGAUGCCAAGCAGUUGCCAAACCAAGUGGUGAUGCAGCCGGUCAAGAUGCUCUCGAUGGUGCAUCUGUAUAACUUUUUGAGGAUCUGAGGGCCCAUGCCAAAUCUUUUUAGCCUCCUGAUGGGGAAGAGGUGUUGUCGUGCCCUCUUCACGACUGUGCUUGUCUGUUUGGACCACGAUAGAUCCUUAGUGAUAUGGACACAGAGGAACUUGAAGCUCUCGACCCGCUCCACUACAGCCUCGUCGAUGUGAAUGGUGGCGUGCUCGGCCCUCUGUUUCCUGUAGUCCACAAUCAGCUCCUUUGUCUUACUGACGUUGAGAGAGAGGUUAUUGUCCUGGCACCACACUGCCAGGUCUCUGACCUUCUCCCUAUAGGGUGUCUCAUCGUUGUCGGUGAUCAGGCCCACCGCUGUUGUGUCAUUGGCAAAAUUAAUGAUGGUGUUGGAGUCGUGCUUGGCCACGCGGUUGUGCGUGAACAGGGAAUACAGUAGGGGACUAAGCACGCACUUCUGAGGGGCCCCGUGUUGAGGGUCAGCGUGGCGGAUCUGUUGUUGCCUACCCUCCCCACCUGGGGGCGGCCCAUCAGGAAGUCCAGGAUCCAGUUGCAGAAGGUGGAGUUCAGUCCCAGGGACCUUAGCUUAGUGAUGAGCUUGGAGGGCACUAUGGUGUUGAACGCUGAGCUGUAGUCAAUGAACAGCAUUCUCACGUAGGUGUUCCUUUUUAGGGCUGACCCAAUUUUUAGUCGAGCAGUUGCAAAAAAAACAAUGUUUUAUGGCACAUGUCUUGAUCGAUGCCUAUCUCAGUGGACUAUUCCAUUCCUGAGGUGGCACACCAGUAUCACCAGUAGUACAUUUACUGUUAAUUCCCAUAAUUAGUAAUCUACAAUGUUUUGUUUGGUUAUCGUAAAUCAGUUAAUGCAUUCAAUAUAUUAUUAUUACAGUCGUUUACAGUUCUCAUUGUUGGAGUGGACACGUUGUUUGCAGAGUGUACAACCUAGGCUACACUUGUGAGGGACAAGUUUUGGUUUAUUUCAUUCCAUUUACGAGUUUUUAUUUGGAGCGCUCCUGUCAAUGUUUAGUAAGGACAUGCACCUGAUUACACAUAGAAGUAGGCCUAUGCUACCUGGCCUGCGCGCCAAUGUAGCGUUAUAAAUGUGCACAUUUGGGGAUCUGAUACUAUUUCUGAUUGUCUUAACGCACCACCACUAAUGAGCUGUGGAGCUUCUCAAAGUAAUGUUUUCUUCAACUCAAACAUUAAGUAAACAAAGUCAGUUUUUACAUCCAUUGAGAAUGACAAUAGUUCCUCAAUGUAGCCUAUUUGAAAAAUCUUUCCAGCACUCUCCCUUUCGAUAACCACUCGUCGUGAAAGGGAAAAAAAAUGUCAUGCUCUGAUCCAGUAGAAACGUCAUAAAAUAGGCCUUUCUGAUUUACUUCUUAUCCCUUCCGCAAAUAGCCUACAGCUGUGUCUGUAUGGAGCUCACUGGCACGGGAAACUGAGGGUCCAGAAUAUUUUAUACAAUGUUGCAAGUUUAUUAGCACAAGCUUUUGGCUGGACCAAGUUGAUAGUUGAUACAUUAUUUGAAGUUCCUUGUAGACAGGCCAUGUGUAGCCAAUGUGAUUUAUUUUAAUCAGGAUCUUUUCUACCUGCAGGCUGCAAUGUUUUUAUUUGUUGGCGUUAUGUAGGCUAUUUUUUACAUAGUUGGCAAUAUAAUAUAAUUUUCAUUUAGAUAUAAUUGUAUUAAUCACAUGACAAUGAUUUUGAGAUACGACAACUUUAUUAUAAAAUAAAUGAAACUGUUCCACGAAAAUGUGCAUAUGAAAAUCAUAACUGGCAUGCAGAUCGGUAGAAAGGGUAAGAUAAAAAGGUUGCCAACCCCUGGUGUAGCCUAUUACCGGCAACUUCGGGAGCAUAAUGGCAGAAUCUGCGAAGGCCAGCAGCAGUGGGAGGCGGUGGUUCGGGAACAGGUUUUUUUUCUUCUGGUUUUCUUGAUCUCUGGCUCCCUCUUGAGUCAUUUUUGUGUCUUAAUUAAUCACAGUGUACUUAAAGCAUCAUUUUACAUUUACAUUUUAGUCAUUUAGCAGACGCUCUUAUCCAGCGCGACUUACAGUUUGUGAUCAGACAAGUUUAUUUGAUUAAAACACAUAGGGCAGGGUUCUUCAAUUCCAGUCCUGGAGGGCCGAAACACCUCUGUUUUUCAUCCUCUCCUUCUAAUCAGGGGCUAAUUCAGACCUGGGACACCAGGUGAGUGCAAUUAACUACCAGGUAGAAAUAAAAAACAGAAGUGUUUCGGCCCUCCAGGACCGGAAUUGAAGAACCCUGACAUAGGGUGUGUCUAUAUAUGGGCAAAUACACGUUUUUUACUUUAGAGAAGUCGAUUGGUCGAAAGAACAGAUUCUUAGUCGACCAAGAUUUUUUAGUCGGGGAGAGCCCUAGUUAUUUUUGUCCAAGUGGGAAAGGGCAGUGUGGAGUGCAAUAGAGAUUGCGUCAUCUGCGGAUCUGUUGAGGUGGUAUGCAAGUUGGAGUGGGUCCAGGGUGUCUGGGAUGAUGGUGUUGAUGUUAGCCAUGACCAGCCUUUCAAGGCAUUUCAUGGCUACAGAUGUGAGUGCUGAUAGUCAUUUAAACAGGUUACCUUGGCGUUCUUGGGCACAGGGACUAUGGUGGUCUUCUUGAAACAAGUAGGUAUUACAGACUGGGUCAGGUAGAGGUUGAAAAUGUAGCUGCUGGUCAGCGCAUGCUCUGAGUACGCGUCCUGGUAAUCAGUCUGACCUUGUGAAUGUUAACCUGUUUAAAGGUCUUACUCACAUUGGCUAUGGAGAGCUUCAAGGCAGUGUCGAAGCGAGCAUGGAAGGCAUUUAGCUCAUCUGGUAGGCUCGUGUCACUGGGCAGCUCGUGGCAGGGUUUCCCUUUUGUAAUCCAUGAUAGUUUGUAAGCCCUGCCACAUCCAAUGAGCAUCAGAGCCGGUGUAGUAGGAUUAUAUCUUAGUCCUGUGUUUUUACGCUUUGCUUGUUUGAUGGUUCGUUGGAGGGCGUAGUGGGAUUUCUUAUAAGCGUCCGGGUUAGUGUCCCGCUCCUUGAAAGCGGCAGCCACAUUUACAUUUUAGUCAUUUAGCAGACACUCUUAUCCAGAGCGACUUACAGUUAGUGAGUGCAUACAUUUUCCAUACUGGCCCCCCGUGGGAAUCGAACCCACAACCCUGACGUUGCAAGCGCCAUGCUCUACCAACUGAGCUACAGGAGGCCCAAUAGUCUUUAGCUCAGUGCGGCAGCUCUAGUCUUUAGCUCAGUGCGGAUGUUGCCUGUAAUCCAUGGCUUCUGGAUGGGAUAUGUACGUACGGCCACUGUGGGGACGACGUCAUCGAUGCACUUAUUAUUGAACACAGUGACUGAUGUGGUAAACUCCUCAAUGUGGUAAACUCCAGUCUGUGCUAGCAAAACAGUCCUGUAGCUUAGCAUUUGCUUCAUGGGACCACUUCCGAAUUGAGCGUGUCACUGGUACUUCCUGUUUGAGUCUUUGCUUGUAAGCAGGAAUCAGGAGGAUAGAGUUAUGGUCAGAUUUGCCAAAUGGAGGGAGAGCUUUGUAUACGUCUCUGUGUGUGGAGUAAAGGUGAUCUAGAGUUUUUUCCCCCUCUAGUUGCACAGGCGACAUGCUGGUAGAACUUAGGUAAAAUGGAUUUGUUUUCCUGCAUUAAAAUUACCGGCCACUAGGAGAGUUGCUGAGUGUUCCUUUCUCUUACUAUGUGGCUUUUGAUAGACUCAAUAGAGGUUUACAGAGAAAGCACUCAUACUCACCAGGCCCAGUAAUGUGGUCCCUGACCAGCCUUUCAUCCAAGCGCAGGACUGGCCAAGAGAUAGCCAGAUGGUCUGGCAUUGUCUGCUGCCUUUUUUCUGGUCCGGCUGAACGGCCACUGGAGGCAUUUCUGGAAUAGCUAAACCCAUCUCUCGCUUCUAUGACCUGUGCCAACCAUGGUGCCAACGCUCAGUGUAUAAUCCCUCCUUAUCUAUGGCCUGUCAGUCACUGCUUUCUACCUCCACAAGAUGAUGGCACAAAGAAAAAGAAAACAUGGCUGUGUGCUAUUGGUAAAAUGUGGACAAACUCAAUGUCAAAAGCCAACAUCCUUCUGAAUGAGUUUUAACCUUUUGGUGUUCCUCCCUUGAAUUUAUUGUAAUAAAUGCACAGAAUGCUCUUUUAUAUAAUCACCUUCAUUCUAAGCCACACUUAGAAUGUGGCUGAGUGUUGAAUGCAUAUUCAGGGUUGACCGUGUGAAAGGUUUCUCCUAAUGAAAGCUGCUCUUUUACAGACAUGGAAGGAACAUAUGCAGAGUAUGAGGAGUGGUCUGACCAGGGGGUGUCUGAAACAGUCUCCCAGAAGUACAAGAGAGCCCUGCAACAGAUGGAGAAGAGCAAGCCUUAUGAGGAGACUUUGGUACUUACCUAGAUUGUAUUCUACUCUGGACAUUUUGUACCAUACUGUUUGUUUUGGAAGGAUUUUCAAUGGAUCUGAAGCAUUCAAUUCUGAUUGCACUGCCUAGAAAGUAGCAGUAGAUUAGUAGUAAAGUUUUGUAUCGUUUUAAGCAUUAUGUGCUUAAGCAAAUUGAUUGCUUUUUCCUACAUGUACCUCUGAAAUCAUUGUGAGUCUUGGUGUGAGUCUGUAUGCUAGACAUGGUCGUCUGCUCAAUGCCUUUAACAUGCCAACGUUUGUGUUUCAGAUGGCAGCCGAGCCGCCCAAGCUGGCAGAGUAUCAGACCUACAUUGACUAUGAGCAAAGGGAGGGUGACCCGGCACGGAUCCAGAUCAUCUUUGAGCGGGCACUGGCAGAUAACUGCCUGGUACCAGACAUGUGGGCCAAGUACACCAAGUACCUGGUGAGUAUCCCCCAGCCCCUUCCACUGCACCGCACCGGGUGACGUGCUGCACUGGGCUCAUUUUAAUUACUCACAGCCAGCCGUCUCUCGCUCUCUCCAGCAGCUCCUGAAAUUUAUUCAUGGCCUUUUAAUUGCUUUAAUGGGAUGGUAAUGAGAUGCUGAGAUCGCAACCCUAAACAUGGACAACAUCCAGUAAUUCAUCAGAGCCUGGGCGUUUCACCAGUUUGAUGAAAAAACAAAAGUUUAAUCUUAUUGUUCCAAACCUGUAAUCCAUUAGGCUCUUUUUAAGAAGCCACGUUUUGGCCUCCUGCAUAUACUAAGGGAAGUGAUUAAAUUGAUGGAGGUGCGAUUUAACUGCAUUAUAUGCUUCCACACAUGAAUCAAGUUAUGACGUUGCCUAAUGGUGUUGGGCAGUAUAGUAUUCCUUGUGCAGCGUUAUGAUGGAAAAUGAACGCUAUCCCACAGGUUCACCUUUCUAGCAAACAAGUCUGUUAUCACCCAGGUAGAAAUUACUGUAGAUUUACGGUCUUUGAGUUCCUUGUCAAUGUGGGUUGUGAUUUAUUGUUGGAUUGUUUUAUUAACAAGUAUUUUGCUGUUGCCUCAGGAUCGUCAACUAAAAAUCAAAGACCUGGUCCUGUCCUCUCACGACCGUGCAGUCAGGAACUGCCCCUGGACCAUGGGCCUGUGGAAGAACUACCUGCUUGCCCUGGAGAGGCAUGGGGCCAACCACCACACUAUAUCAGGUAAGCACUAGACCACAGGUGGGUUAUGGAGGCAUCACUCAUAUGUGUCAUGUAUUGUGUGGAUGUAAACAAGGAGAUUUCAAACUGAAUUGAAACAUACAUUUCAUUCAUAAGGGGUGAACUUGUUUAAAGAUGUUGUAUCGCCCCUAUUAUUGAUACUGGGACUUCGGAAUCAUGAAAGACCAUCUCUUUUUUUCCCCUCCACAGACAUUUUUGAAAAGGCCCUGAAUGCCGGUUUCAUACAAGCCGCAGAUUACGUGAAUAUCUGGGAAGCAUACCUCGAUUACCUGAGGAGGCGCGUCAAUUUCAGCAAAGGUGAAAGCACCUUAACAUUGGGUAAUGCAAAGUAAUUGAACUAAUAAGAUCUUAUUUGUGGUGUGGGGAAAGUAAAAUGUAUGGAUGAAAGAAGUCCUCUAUUGAUAAUGGUGUUGUUCUUUCUUUUCCAGAGUCGAGCAGAGAGCUGGAGGAGCUGCGGGCAGCCUUCACCCGUUCUCUAGACUAUAUGAAACAGGACGUGGAAGAGAGUAAGUCGACCUGCAGCCUGUGUACAGUACUCAUCUUGGUCCUUGUGUGUUUGUGUUGGAGACUCACCACUGUGUCUUGCUCCUGUCUAGGAUUUAGUGAAAGUGGAGACCCUUCCUGUACCAUCAUGCAGGUCUGGGCAAAGAUAGAGGUAAGGGUGAAGAUCAUGACAAACUUGUCUUGUGUUCACUUGCUCCUAUCAUUGCAGAUACAAGUCAGUGCAAAAAUAGCAUCUAUACAAAUUAAAAUGUGAUUUUAUACAAUUUUUUCUUUCUAGGCCCUGCAUUGUAAGAACAUUCAGAAAGCUAGAGAACUGUGGGACAGCAUCAUGACAAAAGGGAAUGCCAAAUUCGCUAACAUGUGGCUGGAGUACUAUAACCUGGAGAGGUCAGUGAGGUCACUCUUUAGUGGUCACCUGUGAACUGUUGAUUUGAUGGUUAGAGACCUUGAUUUAUCAGUGACAAAUCUGAUGGUGGUUUUGUGAUAUGGGUUGACUCUUUGCAGGUCGUACGGAGACGCUCUUCACUGCAGGAAAGCCCUCCACAGGGCCGUCCAGUGUACUACCGACUACCCAGAGCAUGUGUGUGAGGUCCUGCUCACCUUUGAGAGGGUCGAGGGUGAGUCUGUGAUAGAAAUGUCAUGAAUAAGUGGACAGGUAUCAGAGGUGUCAGUUGGUGUGAUGGAUUGGCUGAUUUGUAGAAAACAUAACACAUAAAUCAUGGUGUGAGUGUUUCAGUGCAGUUUGUUGUGUGUCACCACCAGGGUCUCUGGAGGACUGGGAUGCAGCGGUGCAGAAGACUGAGACAAGGCUGAACAGAGUCAACGAGCAGAGGGCCAAGGUAAGAUGACCCUGCAACACUCACAACACUGCUGCUAGCUAGGCCUGUGGACAUAGUAGGACGUUGAUUAUACUGGGCAGGGGAGGAUGGAAGGAUGAGUUGGGGUUGUAAGGGGAAUGGGAACAGUUGUAGAUUUUUAUAACAGAAUUGAAAGGAAAAAACAAACGUUUUGCUUGUGCAGCUGUCUGUUUCUGUGCUGUCAUGUUCAUAACUUCAUCCCUGUCCAUCUCUCAGGUGGCAGAGAAAGAGGCCCAUCUGGUCCGACAGGAGGAGGAGAAGACUGAACAGCGACGGAGGGCCAAGGCAGACAAGAAGAACCAGAAGAAGGGCCAGAAAGGCAGCAGGCCUGGGGAGAAGAGGAAGGCAGAGGACGAGGACAACGACGAUGAGUGGGGGGAGGAAUCAGGUAAGGAGAGACAUCAUGAUGAUCCUACCUUUUUUAUUGUUUUAUUUUUUACAUAGGAAUUGUAUUGCUUGGUCUCCGCUUAUGCUAACAAAGUGGCAUGUAUAAAAGUAAUCCUGUGUGUUUGCUAAACUUUGUGUCACCUCUCUGUGCAACAGUAAGUAAGUAGCCUUGAGCCACUCAUAGGGCAGGAGCCUAUCUCCUGAUUCUGUAGCGUGAGGCAGCUUGAUGUACAAGUACACCACCUGGACGCUAGUCUAUUGCAGGGCCUUACACCUAAUCUAUCUCCUGUGCAACAGAGCAACCUCCAAAGAGGCACCGAGGGGAGGGCAACCAGGGCAGCUUCAGGGGAGGAGGCGCUGAGGAGUUCAUGGAGACAGAGAGUGGACUGUUUGGGAGGAGAGCCCCCCCUUGCCGCAGACAGGAACCCCCGGGUGCUAAAAGGGGCCAGCAGAUGGCACCAGCCACCGUACGGAAGACCCAGGAAGACAAUCCAGAGCAACGCAAGGAUGACUGCAGUGUGUUUAUCAGUAACCUGGCUUUCAGCAUGGAGGAUCCAGAGAAGAGACUGAAGGAGUUGUUUGAGCCCUGCGGUCCUGUCCAGUCGGUGCGCCCCGUCUAUGCUGCCAAGGGCUUCAGAGGGUACUGCUACGUACAGUUUGAGGGCAAAGUGUCCGUGCCCGAGGCCCUGAAGAUGGACCGGCGAGAGGUGGACGGCAGGCCAAUGUUCGUAUCGCCCUGUGUGGAUAAAAACAAGAACCCUGAUUUUAAGGUGAGCGUGAGACCCAUCUACAUUGAACAAAAAAUAUAAACGCAACAUGUAAAGUGUUGAUCCCAUGUUUUAUGAGCUGAAAUAAGAUCCAAGCAAUGUUCCACAAACAAAACCUUUCUCUAAAAUGUUGUGCACAAAUUUGUUUACAUCCCUGUUCUCCUUUGCCAAGAUAAUCCAUCCACCUGACAGGUGUGGCAUAUCAAGAAGCUGAUUAAGCAGCAUGAUCAUUACACAGGUGCGCCUUGUGCUGGGGACAACAAAAAGCCUCUCUAAAAUGUGCAGUUUUGUCACACAACACAAUACCACAGAUGUCUCAAGUUUUGAGGGUGCGUGCAUUUAGCAUGCUGACUGCAGGAAUGUCCACGAGCUGUUGCCAGAUCAUUUAAUGUUAAUUUCUCUACCAUAAGCCGCCUCCAACGUUUCAGAGAAUUUGGCAGUACGUCCAACCGGCCUCACAACCGCAGACCAUGUGUAUGGCGUUGUGUGGCCGAGCGGUUUGCUGGUGUCAACGUUGUGAACAGAGUGCCUCAUGGUGGGGUUAUGGUAUGGGCAGGCAUAAGCUAUGGACAAUGAACACAAUUUCAUUUUAUUGAUGGCAAUUUGAAUGCACAUGGAUACCGUGACAAGAUCCUGAGGCCCAUUGUCGUGCAAUUCAUCCGCCGCCAUCACCUCAUGUUUCAGCAUGAUAAUGCACGGACCAAUGUCGCAAGGAUCUGUACACAAUUCCUGGAAGCUGAAAAAUGUCCCAGGUCUUCCAUGGCCUGCAUACUCACCCAUUGAGCAUGUUUGGGAUGCUCUGGAUCGAUGUGUAUGACAGCAUGUUCCAGUUCCCGACAAUAUCCAGCAACUUCGCACAACCAUUGAAGAGAAGUGGUACAACAUUCCACAGGCCACAAUGAACAGCCUGAACAACUCUAUGCAAAGGAGAUGUCGCCCCGCAUGAGGCAAAUGGUGGUCACACCAGAUACUGACUGGUUUUCUGAUCCACGCCCCUACCUUUAAAAAAAAGAUAUCUGUGACCAACAUAUGCAUAUCUGUAUUCCCAGUCAUGUGAAAUCCAUAGAUUAGGGCAUAAUGAAUUUAUUUCAAUUGACUGAUUUCCUUAUAUGAACUGUAACUCAGUCAAAUCUUUGAAAUUGUUGCCUAUUUUUGUUCAGUAUGUUAGUUUUGAUUUAGGGGUGGAUGAAUGGAAUGGUGGUUUCACCAUGUAGAUAGUGAGUUACUCUUUUAAUGUCUCUUCCUCUAGGUGUUUAAGUACAACACAAACCUGGAGAAACACAAGAUAUUUAUCUCGGGCCUGCCUUUUUCCUGCACCAAGGAGCAGCUGGAGGAGCUGUGCAAGGAUCAAGGCACCAUCAAAGACAUCCGUCUGGUCACCAACCGCUCAGGCAAACCCAAGGUGAGGAGGCAUAACUCUGGGAGGUUAGGCUGUACAGGUCUGGGGCUGAGAGGUUAGGAUGCCUGGGGCUGAGAGGUUAGGAUGCCUGGGGCUGAGAGGUUAGGAUGCCUGGGGCUGGGAGGUUAGGAUGCCUGGGGCUGGGAGGUUAGGAUGCCUGGGGCUGGGAGGUUAGGAUGCCUGGGGCUGGGAGGUUAGGAUGCCUGGGGCUGGGAGGUUAGGAUGCCUGGGGCUGGGAGGUUAGGAUGCCUGGGGCUGGGAGGUUAAGCUAUACAGGCCUGGGGCUGGGAAAUCUGGGCCUGGGAGACUAGAAGGCCUGGGGCUGGGAGGUGGGUGAGGCUGUACAGGUCUGGGGCUGGGAGGUGGGUGAGGCUGUACAGGUCUGGGGCUGGGAGGUGGGUGAGGCUGUACAGGUCUGGGGCUGGGAGGUGGGUGAGGCUGUACAGGUCUGGGGCUGGGAGGUGGGUGAGGCUGUACAGGUCUGGGGCUGGGAGAUCUGGGCCUGGGAGACUAGAAUGCCUGGGGCUGGGAAGUGAGGCUGUACUGGUCUGGGGCUGGGAGGUGAGGCUAUACAGGUCUGGGGCAGGGAGGUUAGGUAUUUUUCUCUAUCCAGAUGUUAGGUUUAGAGUAUUUAAUUUGCUCUUGAGUUCUCCAAUUGAGUAAUAAGUUAGUAACUUAUAUUUGUUGUAAUGUGUUUAAUAUUACACCCAUCUUUGUAAACAUCCAAACAUAUAAUUUGAAUCACACAUGUAGAAGCUCCAUUUACUUACACACGUAAAAUGGAUAGCUCUCAUGGGAGUUGCUGCUCUAAUGUGCUGCUGUGGCGUGUCUCUGCAGGGUCUGGCAUACGUGGAGUUUGAAGAUGAGGCUCAGGCCUCCCAGGCCGUGCUGAAGUUGGAUGGCACCGUACUACAGGAACACACACUCUCUGUUGCCAUUAGCAACCCACCUCGCAGAAAUGCAGCCGACAAGCCUGACUUCAGCAGGCCCAUGGGAGCCAUGAUGCCCCGGGCUAUGGUCUAUGGAUCGUAAGUUGGCCAACGCUCUAGUAAUAAUACUCUUCUAACAAGGAAAGAUGUUACCCUGACGAUAGUACUCAAUAGUAAUAUCCGAUUGGCUAUGUUUCUCCAACUCAUGAAACAUAAGCUGCCUUUUUAAAUCGGCUUUUCUCACCUGUUCACUGAAUAAAUAUAUAGAUGUGAAUUUGAGAGCUCUGAUUCCUUUGGUUUUAUUUUUCAGAAGGGGAAAAGGGCGAACCCAACUCUCACUAAUCCCUCGUUCCCUACAUCGGCAGACUGGAUCAGAAAGUAAAGCAGAAAAUGGGACUGCACCUAAACCCACAGGGGGUGCAUCCGAAGACGCUGGGUUUGACGCACACGCCAAGCCCAUGUCCAAUUCAGACUUUGCCAAAAUGCUUCUCAAAAAGUGA